CGGAAGAGGAAGUUUCGCCUCCAAACGCUCUCCCGCUGGUCCGAAUUCGGUGGCGCCACGUCCUCCGGUCUCCGCCUUCUGCACGGCGACCUGGGCUGCUUCCGCCUCGACACCUUCCACUGACGGUGACGGCCGCGUCGUGUCGUGAAGGGGCUGGGAGGGGGAGUCGGACGGCUGUGUGCAUCCUGGCCAGCUAAGAGGCGAAGAUGUCGGACAUCGGGGACUGGUUCAGGAGCAUCCCAACCAUCACGCGCUACUGGUUCGCCGCCACCGUCGCGGUGCCUUUGGUCGGUAAACUCGGGCUAAUCAGCCCGGCCUACUUCGUCCUCUGGCCCGAAGCCUUUCUCUACCGAUUCCAGAUUUGGAGACCAGUCACUGCUGCCUUUUUCUUCCCUGUGGGUCCAGGAACGGGAUUUCUGUACUUGGUCAAUUUGUAUUUCUUGUAUCAGUAUUCUACACGGCUUGAAACAGGUGCUUUUGAUGGGAGGCCAGCAGACUACCUGUUCAUGCUCCUCUUCAACUGGAUCUGCAUCGUGAUUACUGGCUUGGCCAUGGACAUGCAGUUGCUGAUGAUCCCGCUGAUCAUGUCAGUGCUUUAUGUCUGGGCCCAGCUGAACAGAGAGAUGAUUGUGUCGUUUUGGUUCGGAACACGAUUUAAGGCCUGUUACUUACCUUGGGUUAUCCUCGGAUUCAACUAUAUCAUCGGAGGCUCGGUGAUCAAUGAGCUCAUCGGAAAUCUGGUCGGACAUCUCUAUUUCUUCCUCAUGUUCAGAUACCCGAUGGACUUGGGAGGAAGAAAUUUUCUGUCCACACCGCAGUUUCUGUACCGCUGGCUCCCCAGCAGGAGAGGAGGGGUCUCGGGAUUUGGCGUGCCCCCCGCUAGCAUGAGGCGAGCUGCUGAUCAGAACGGUGGAGGCGGCAGACACCACUGGGGACAGGGUUUUCGGCUUGGGGACCAGUGAAGGAGUGGCCUCUGGCCUGCCCACCGGCCACUCUGCUCGAUGAAUCCCCCCGGGGCUGGGUGUGCGUAACACCUGCCUUCCAGCAGACACUGGUGGACCCGACGCACACCGAAUGUAGUCUUUCAGUACAAGACGGCACUUUCUAAAUGCUGAAGGAAAAUAUAAGCGUUCCCCACGUUUCCUGAUUCUCAUUCAAGUCCUUACUGCUAUGGAGAACAAAUGUCAGAAGUGACUGUAUUUGGGCGUCUCCUCUUCCUUUUCCAUCCGAAUAGUGGGUUUUGGCAGGUGGUUGUCUGCUUUCACCGGCCUGGGCGUCUGGGGUUGGGCCACCAGGCCGUCGUCUGCGGCACUCGUGCCUCUUCCUCGCACACGCCCCCCCCUUUUCUCCAGCCCCAGACUUGCAGUUGGAGGAGGGUGCCCAUCAACCGGCUCUGCCUUUGACAAGCUCUCGUGUUUAUUGAUUUUUGCCAAGGCUUGGUCACAAAAAACUUGUUCAAACCUCUCCUCCCUUGGGUGGCAGAACUGUAGCGAUAGGGGAGAAGACCCGGAACAGCGGGCGGAGGGCUUUUUCUCAGCUUUUACUGUCGCUGUGACCCGGUAUCACUUGCACCCUCUCGCCACCUCUUCAGAAGUUUCUAUUUCAGAAAGUACCACCAGGACAGCAAGGGCUGCCGAUUGGUGUCAGUAAGGUGGGAAGGUUGUCGUGAGCCAUUUUUUGUCCUGAGUUAAGUGAUGGCAACUCUAGUGCAUCUCACGCAGAUUUAAACUGGUGGGCGUAAUCCCUUUGCAUCCCAUGUGUGAGGCAUACUGGCUGGGUGUGCAUCCAGAAUACAGCCGGAUUGUCCUGUGCUGGAAAGUUCCAAAUCACAUUGGCCACGGGGAGAUGCUGUCUUUGAAAGGCCCUUGGGUGUUGAUUCCGUUUCAUCCUCAUUCUGGAUAUAUGUUUAUCGAGUAGAGUGGCAGGGAGAACCUUAUACCCUAUUUAAAUUGUCAGCCCCCCCCCCCCAGUGGCCAAAUACUUGAGUUAAUUGUGAGGAGGGUGCAGCCCCUCCAUACGAAGAUCCUAUUCUAAGAGCUCGUACAAGCACAUCUAGGUGAGUCGCAUCAUUUUGGGUUGUGAUGGCUUUAGAAUCAUUGUGUUUGAGAGGAUCGCUUUGAGUCAUGAAUGUACAUUAGACCAGCGUAAAUACCCACGACUCCUUUCUUACAGGUGGGCUGUCCCAUGAGAUCCAGGCUUGUGGCAGAAUUACAGUUUCUCAUUGGAUGUUUUUAUCCCGAAAGCAAACUGCUAGGAGCAGUGUUGUGUGGCUGCCAUACUUAGCUUAAAAGGCUUUGGACCUUCUGAUCAAGUUCCUUUCCAGGAACGCUGUGCACUAACAGGAUGGCCGCUCUCUGCCCCACUCCUCGUGAUGUGCAUUAUCCCAGGAAGUGGGGGUGUGAACACAGCUCCUCCUUUUUAAUAAAGUUUGUGCGUACUUCGUAUUUAACUUAUAUGGCGAGGUAGGAGGUGGGAAGACCCUGAACCCUACCUGUCAGACAUUCUGUUGUCGACCUGUGGCCACAAUAAAAGGUACUUGUACAUUUCCCUGUUCCGUUGCCUGUGCGCUCAUUGUGCAGGAGGGGAGCCUCCGCGUCGGAAACCUGGUGGUGAGUGAGCCGGAGCCUCUUCCAGGCCCUCCUGGCAACGCAGCCACCGAGCACAGAGGUUUUUCUACAGGUCGUUACAGAAGAGGCAAAAUGUCCGUUACAUUCUUCCUCUUAAACAUACUUAGGGAGCUGGUUAUUCUAUUAAUCUUGUCUGGAUUACCUAUCUCUUGGGAAUAAUUUUAGCCAAGCAAGCUAUUUGAGAUUUGAUUUGGCAAAGCAAGACACAACAGUGGAUUCUCUUUCCGAAUGAAAAAAAAAAUCUUUAUUUUGUAUAGAGAAAUUUUCUUUUUGUAACUAAUCAUUUUUAUUGGUAAACAUUGUAAAUUAAAAUGUACAACUUGA